AUGAAUGAAGUGUAUCCGGAAAUCUCUGAAGAAGAUUAUGAAGAAGAAUCUAGUCAAGAAUUGACGAGUGAGGUGGUUGACUCCGAAGAAGAUUUUGGUGCGACUUUAGUUGAUCCCGGUAAGUUUACCACAGCGUACUACAUACGAAAGGCGGAAAGUGCUUUGGAUGCCCUGAAGAAUAUUGUCAAGGAGAAUGGUUGGAAAAAAGUACUUACGCACAAUAAGAGCGGCGUCGUUGUCUACAGUAAACAGGGCGAAUCCAAAGAAAGUAAGAUACCGGUGUUUAUGGGUCAACAAGAUAUCGAGGGUUUCCCUCCUCAAUCA